AGCUGAAGCCACCCCAAAAAGCCCCUCCAAAAGCCUACCCAAACUGGCCCUAAGGUUGUUAGGAGUGGCUUGGUUGGAGUUUGUGGUUUUGUUGGCCUGCUUUGGGCAUAUAUGCAUGCUUUGUCCGUCUGCUGCUGGCGACAAGUUUUCUCUUCAAGUAUCUUGGUGAAAACCCUAACGUUUGUGAGAAAGUCCGAACAGGCGGCAGGGUUGAACAGACUUAGGAUGGCAUAUUCAGGCUACUCGGUAGAAAAAGAAAAAGAACUUUAUGCGUUUGAUGACCUAAAAAUCGGCGUCAAAGGGCUUUCAGACUCCGGCGUGACCAGAAUUCCUAGAAUUUUCAUCCACCCACCGGAGACCGUAAAGAACACCGCGCCAGAAAAUGGUGUCAAACUUCAAAUCCCAAUUGUUGAUCUCAAAGACAUUGGAAAUUAUCACGCUCGAGAAGAAAUGGUCAAAGAAAUCAAAGAUGCGUGUGAAACAUGGGGUUUCUUUCAGAUAGUUAACCAUGGAGUUCCACUCGCUGUUAUGGACGAGAUGCUUGAAGGUAUUCAUAGAUUUCAUGAGCAGCCUGCAGAAGACAAGACGAAUUUGUACUCUCGUGACUUUAAGAAUUCAGUCAACUUUUAUUGCAGUGGAGAUCUGAAAGUGCGUGCAAAAUCAGCUGCAGAUUGGAGAGACACCUUAUCAUGCAGAGCCGUAGACGAUAAUUGGGACUUUGAAGCACUGCCUCAAGUGUGCAGAGGUGAAGUAAGUGAGUACAUCAAAAACUUGAUUGAACUUCAGGAUGUGCUAUCCGAACUACUAUCGGAAGCAUUGGGACUUAGGAAAGAUCACCUAGCACGCAUGGGGUGCUUGAGGUCUUUCUCAUUGUCAUGCCACUAUUAUCCUAUCUGCCCAGAGCCUGAACUGACUCUAGGCACAAUCAAACACUCUGAUCCCUCAUUUCUUACCUUAGUUCUGCAAGACGAUAUUGGAGGACUCCAAGUUCUCCACAAGGAUCAAUGGGUUGACGUACCACCUGUGGAUGGAGCAUUUGUAGCAAAUCUUGGUGACCUUAUGCAGCUGGUUACCAAUAACAGAUUCAAGAGUGUGGAACAUAGAGUGCUAGCUACGCCGCUUGUGAAGCCACGGAUAUCAGUUGCAUCUUUCUUUGCUCCUAAGGAUAGCGACAAACGCGUCAAGCCAUAUGGGCCUAUAAAGGAGCUUCUAUCUGAGAACAAUCCCCCAAUAUACAGGGAAACCCUAUACGGAGAAUAUACUGGCUAUUACAGAGUUAAUGGACAAAAUGGCAGCUCUGCCCUGGCUAACUUCAGGCUGCAUUGAGACCAUGCUAUGGACUUUCUUGAAUGCCAAAAUCAGAUCUAUUAAAAUGCACUGCAUGCAUGCUAAAUAUUUCAGAUAAUAAGUUUAGCAGCAGGUUACUACUCCUUAAUUUCCCUUUCGAAAGCAUCUUAAGCCUAUCUACGGUUAUUACAUUACUCUUGUAGUCCCUAACAAGCAUAUUUAUUGUUCAAUGAAGUUAGACCCCUAUAUUCUGUGAAGAACAAAUUUCCAGCAAAUGUAUUUUGGGAAAAAUAAUGGAUUUUUGUAUAUACUAUAAUUCUGCAGGAAAAAAAAAUCAAUUUUACUACGCUUGUCAGGGUCAGUUUUCUGUGCCACAGUUCAAAGGUUAGAAUAAACAUAUAACGCGGCUCUGGCUUAGUGGCAUUUCAUUUGGUCUGAAGCAUUUUCCUGCCCUCUUCAAUGUUACUUUCCCAAAUAAAUUUUUCUCUUGACGGAGACUUCACAGUUUGUAAAUAAAAUGCUAUAAAUCAGAGAAAAGUUCAGGAACAUAAACUCAAGCCGACAGAGACUUCAAGAAAUGAAUAACGUUUGGCGAGAAGCUGGCUGAGAUUUGUGAGCCGCAAAUGUAUGAAUUUUCCUUUUACUUCCAAAUAUCAAAUAAAUGAAUCUAUACUUGACUAAAAGUACUGCAGAUUAUUGAAACCUUUGAGACCCUAUGCAGGUGACUUAUAUUUUUCUCUUCAACAU